AUGCCUCGCGUAUCCUUGCUCGAAAAAGCAAAACAUCAACUUUUGUCUAAUGAAAUUGUAGAAGGUGCACUCACAUAUCUUAAAGCUACCGAGGGCCUUCUUGUUCGUCAACUUAGGCGCAAAGAUAUUUCUGAAGAAGAUUAUAAAUUUCGAACAAAUGAAAUCACAUAUUUCAAAAAUACAAUCGAACAAUUGAAUUUUAAAGCCAAGAAUUUACAAAAUGAAAUUAAUAAAUUGAGAAAAGAAAAUAAAGAUUUGAAAAAAGAAAAUAAAGAUUUACAUGAAGAAAUGAAUAAUCUCAGUCGAAAUUUCGGUUUAAUUCAUUUAGAUGAAAAUGAAUUAUUAGGAAGAAAAAAACAAGAGAAGAUAAAUGCAUUACAUGAAAUUCGAAAAGUAUUUGAUUUGUAUAAAAAUAAAUAUAAACUAGAUACUAUUGACGCUGGCCCUUCGAAGAUUGUCGAAAUUAUUGAGAUUGAAGCUGGUCCUUCGAUGAUCGAGACAAAAUUAGAAUUUGAAAAAUUUCUAAUUCCAGAAAUAUUAUCUGAAAUUAUUUUGAGUUUAUCUCCAAGUGAUAUUUCAACUUUGUUAAGAGUAAGUCGAUCGAUUAAAACGUUGAUAGAAGUUCAUUUUGAAGAAAGUCAAAAUUUUUGGAGAAAUUACUAUUUUCAAUUUUAUAAAAGUUUACAAAGAUCCGAAAUUAAACUUUUAUAUAAUUGUAAAAAAUGCCUGCAUUGCAAAAAUGAAUUAGUUGAUCCCGUAAUAAUUCAUGAAUUAAAGAUUAAAAUUUGUAGACAAUGUAUUCCUUUCGCUUUAAUUAGAGAGUUUGAAGAAACUUGGUUACUUAAUAAUCAAGACUUAACUAGUAAAGAAGAAACCAUUAAAGAAACAAUCAUUAAAGAAAUUCAUUCGGAGAAUUUUUCGAUUAAAGAAGAAAUAAUUAAAGCAAUUCAUUCAGUAGAUUUUUAUCAACUUCAAGGAUUUUAUUUGAGUUUUGAUUUACGAGAAGAUACCGAAAGGUUUAUGAAGGAAUUUAAUCGAAUUCCUAUUGAUAAGGUAAAAAACUGGUUAAAAGAGAAAGCAGACAUCGUUAAUGAAUAUCAAAAAAAAAUUUUAAUGGUUAGAAAUCCUUUGAUUAACGAUGAUAAUAUGGAAAAGAUCCUAAGCAACACCAGCUUUUCUAUUCCUCAAGAAUAUACACUUAGCGAUAAUUUAGAUUCUAUAUUUUCUAAUUUUGCAUAA